CCUCAGGAGAGACCAUGAUAACUCUCAGCCCGGCUCUCCCCCUGACCGUGGCUCUCUGCACGUUGUCACUGUUGCCUGCUGGUCUUCGCAUUUACAUCAACCCCACCUGGCUCAUUGUGGAGAGUGAAGCUCCUCCUGAAGACCUGAAGCAGCCACCCGUUGAUGCGGAGAGCAUGACCACCGAAUGGGACAGCAGCAUCGACGUUCAGAGCCCCUACGGCUUGGUUAGGAUCAUGAUGGACGCUGUUAUUGAGGGUCUGAGGAAGCUGCCCUUUGUGGGAGAGAGCAUGGUCCCCAAACGGCACAGCAGCACUGGCCCCCGCAGCCCCCAGAGCUGGGUCAGGCUCAGGAAGGACGUCGCUCCUGUGGGCCCGAAGGAACUGCCCGUUGUCGCCAAGAGCGUGGCCUCUGACCCGCCCUACCCUCUGGGCCAGCUUUGGGACUCCCUUGCCCAGGCGGACAGGACCCAGCUGUGUUGCAGGGCCUUGCAAAGCCUGUGGCUGUGCUUCCUGUCUUGGGUUGCACUUCGCCUCUGGAGAAAUGGGAACAGACCCCAGGGACAGGGAAAGGAACGGCCGGCCUCAUCUUCUGUGGGAACAGACUGCUCGGAGGAGGGCACCUUCAGCUCUGAUGAAGCCGUCCACCAGCUGGAGGCCAAAAUCACCCCGCUGGCCAGGUGCACCAGGCUUGUCUACCGCCUCCGCCUGAAAGUGUUCCCGCACCAGCACUCCGAGAAGAAGGCGGAAGGCGAGGCAAGCGGAGGAGAGCCUUCUCUAGCUCCCUGUGCACCUCCACCUAGGGCGUGCUCUCGGCGGAUUGGCAAGAGGAGAUGCAGGGGUGCAAGGUGACAGGCAGCUGGUGCGCUGGGA